AUGCUGUCUUCAGCUGUCCUCCACCAACAGUACUCCUCUCCGUUUGGGAGCACCUCGAACGGAGAUAUGGCGACACAUAGCCCCAUGCCGCAGCAGCCGAUGUCUACGAACGGGCUAGACGCGCUGGCGGAGGGCUCGCAGUACGCCAUGCAGCAACUUCAGCAGCAACAGGCCCAGCAAACUCAGAAUGGUGCGAGACCGGGCGCGAAGCAGAUACAGAGACAGAGCUACUGCAACACCGACGGAGAAGAGGGGGAAGAGGUGGAACAGAAAGACGCAAAAGGCGGAAAGAACGGUCAACCGGUUCGGCGGCGCAUCAGCAGAGCUUGCGAUCAGUGCAACCAGCUACGGACGAAAUGCGACGGCAAGCACCCCUGCGCGCACUGCGUGGAAUUCGGUCUUACGUGCGAGUAUGCGAGAGAGCGCAAGAAGAGAGGGAAAGCCUCGAGGAAGGAUAUUGCAGCCGCCCAAGCCGCGGCUGCAGCUGCAACAGAUGAUACCAGCCCCAAGUCAGGCAAUGAAAAUUCUUCCGAGGAACCUGUGGCAGCCGGCAGGGCGGAGGGAAUGAAAGGCGUCAAGCGGAGAAGAUCGAGUGGAGAUUUUCAUACACCACAGCUGCCGCCACCGAGGGCAAAUAGUAUGAACAGCCAGCCGCCGCGUGGCCAUGCUCACAUGCCCUCUGGAGGAAGCGUCACCAGCAAUCCUUUGGCCGAGCCGAAUGGUGUACAUGCGAGAAGUGUACCCGUGGACCAUCAGACGCCGGGUGUCGGUCUACCUACACCGAGAAUACCGACAGCACCAAUGCAAGAACGCGGCAUAUCCGUUGGCAUGAGCGAGUAUGGCAGCAUCGAUGACUACCACCGAAGUAUCCUCCAUCCUGGUGGUCCAGUGGCCGGCCAUAACAUCUUACACUCCGGUCCCUCGUCAAUGCCUCAUUCUAUGAUGCAAGGAGGGACAAUCACUGGAUAUGGCGACAGUCCUUAUGGAGUCCCCUCUCCAAGCAGCCAGCAAGGCAUGCCUGGACAUCCCUAUCCAAUGCGAGAGUCGCCACUUUCAGGCGGCUUUCUUGGCCAGUCGCCGGUGGGUAACUCGCCGGGAUGGCUGUCUCUACCAUCUCCCUCUGCAGCUCUCAACCCUCAUCUCCAGCACCCGCCUUCGAAGCAGACCCUUCGAUACCCCGUCCUGCGUCCAUUGCUCCCUCACGUAUCAGCUAUUAUACCCAUUGGUUUGGCUUGCGACCUGCUGGAGCUCUACUUCUCGAGCACAUCUUCAAUCUUCAUGCAGCCGCAGUCACCAUAUGUGUUGGGAUAUUUUUUCCGGAAGCGGUCCUUCUUACGACAGACAAGUCCGAGAGUAUGCAGCCCUGCACUUCUCGCGAGUAUGUUGUGGGUUGCUGCGCAGACUAGCGGGUCGGCUUUCUUCACUUCCGCACCCUCUGCGCGAGGCAAGAUCUGCCAGAAGCUGCUAGAGCUGACGGUCGGCUUGCUCAAACCUCUGAUUCACACACCAAACGAUAGCUCGCAGAUGUACAGGAACACAGUGAUCAAUGGAGUUGCGCUAGGGGGCUUUGGCGUUGCUCUGCCGGGCCAUACUCAUGAGAUGGAAGGUGGCACGCCAGGCGCCAGUGGCGCGUUGGACGACGUUGCUACUUACAUCCACCUCGCGACUGUGGUAUCUGCAAGCGAAUACAAGGCUGCGAGUUUGAGGUGGUGGCACGCAGCGUGGUCGCUUGCGAGAGAAUUGAAGCUCGGUAGGGAACAGCCACCGAUUCCAGGGGCUCAAAAUCCGGAUGGUCCCGAAGCUGAAGCGGAGGCGACUGGAGAAGCGAAUCAUGCUGGCAUGAGCAAUCAACCAGGAUUCUUCAGCGAGGAAGAGCGAGAGGAGCGCCGACGAAUAUGGUGGCUACUUUUCAUUGUUGAUCGGCAUCUGGCACUUUGCUACAACCGACCUCUGGCUUUGCUGGAUGUUGAAUGUGAUGGACUUUUGCAACCAGACAACGAUAACGUCUGGCAGGCAGGCGAAUUCUAUCCGGGCGAGAAUCAUGCAGGGUCGACAUACUUCAGACGACGUGGACCCGGCUUCGAGUGCACUGGUCACGGUAUCUUCGGAUACUUUCUGCCCCUGAUGACUAUGCUAGGCGAGAUCGUAGAUCUCAAUCAUGCCAAGAACCAUCCGCGAUUUGGAAUGCGAUUCAAGAGCAGUUCAGACUGGGACGAUCAAGCUUCAGAGAUCUCUAAGCAGCUUGAGGCAUACGGCAGGAGCUUACGAGAGUUUGACUCAAGACAUGGACAGGCUUCAGAGCCGAAGCAACAGGAGUCGAUUGGAAUGGAACCUUCGGGCGAUGCUACCAGCCCACACUCAGUGGGCACGAACCACUCCAAUCAGCAAAGGAUAAGGGAAGAACAGCUCCAAACCAAGAUCGUCGUAGCGUACUGCACGCAUCUGAUGCAUACAUUGCAUAUUCUUCUGAAUGGAAAGUGGGAUCCAAUCUCGCUGCUGGACGAUAACGACCUCUGGAUCUCUUCGCAGUCAUUCGUCUCAGCCACUGGCCAUGCAGUCUCAGCUGCAGAGGCCAUCAACGAGAUUCUGGAGUUUGACCCGGACUUGAGUUUUAUGCCUUUCUUCUUUGGGAUAUAUUUAUUGCAAGGAAGUUUCUUGCUUCUGCUGAUCGCGGAUAAGUUGCAAGCUGAGGCCAGCCCAAGCGUGGUCAAGGCUUGCGAAACCAUUGUGAGAGCCCACGAAGCGUGCGUGGUGACUCUCAAUACUGAAUAUCAGGUAUGUAGCCCAACGCAUCAAGAGCGCGACAUCGAAGCUGACGAUCGUGGCGCAGAGAAAUUUCCGCAAAGUCAUGCGCUCGGCUCUCGCACAAGUGCGAGGCCGGCUUCAGGAAGACUUUGGCGAGCAACAACUCCGCCGACGUGAGGUUUUGUCUUUGUACAGGUGGACUGGUGAUGGGACUGGUCUUGCACUCUGA